AUGGCCCCCUGCUGAGCAGUCCCCAGUCUCACGCCCCCCACUGACUGACCCGGGAGCCCCGCUCACCCCAAGUCUCCUGCAGCCCCCCCCACUCCACAGCAUCUUCACGCUGCCCCAAAGGUCCCUUUGAACCUAGAAAACUCUCUUCAGAAAGGGGGAGAAGUUUCCAUAGGAACGUUUCAGCUGGUCAGAGAGCAGCUGGACAGCCCUGGGCAGGCACCCCCACACCUGCUGAGAGAUGCGGGGCCGCCGCGCACGCCGCAGCCCCAGGUUCCCGCAGACCCCGAGCGAGGACCGCUUCCCGUCCUCAGGCCAGGGACUGACCCUUAACUGGGAUUUUAGAAGCAGCAGACACCAGGGGACCGGCCGAUCAUAGGACCACGUUGAAAUCCAAGCCCGCGUCUACCAAAGAGCACCUCACGAGAAUAGAAGGGACAUCCCAGAGCCACUCGCUCCACCAUGCGGACGACCAGCCUCCCGCGGCUGCCGCAGCUCGUUACCAAAGCCCUGGUGGCUUAGAGGGACAGAAACGUGUUCUGUGCAUUCCAAGUCCUACCUGGGUCUCACUGGGCAGGACGUGAGUCACCAGCAGGGCUGUGUUCCUUCUGGGGACUCGAGGGGGACGUCUGAUUCUCUGCCUUUCCCCGCCUCUAGAGCCCACUGGCGUUCCUUGGCUGAGGCCCCUUCCCCCAGCCUCACAGCCUGCGACAUCUCCUCCCGGCCCUGCUCCCGGGGACCGUCUCCCUCUGAGCACAUCCGGGAAAGCCUCUCUGCUUGGAAGGACAGGAGGUCGGGUCGGUCCCCUGCACCACCCAGGACCAUCCCCCAUCUUGGGGUCCUUAACUUCAUGCCAUCUGCCAACUCCCUUUGGCCGUGUAAGGUGACACAGUCCACGAGGAGUGGGGAUUAGGGUGGGAACCUGUGGCAGCGGGUCUAUGAUUCUCCCUAUGGCAAACUAUUGAAAGGAAAAGCAGUGUCGUGUCCAGAAUUUGCAGAACCCCUAAGAUCAAUCAGAACAUUAGGACAGCCCAGUACGAAGUAGGUAAGAGAUUUGACCACACGCUUCCCAAAAGAUGAUAUCCACAGCAUGGACAUAUUUUUACAAAGUUCUCGGUUUGAUGAGUUCUCGGGGAAAUGGGAAUUAGAACCAGAAGGAGGUCCUAUCAUGCACUCACACGGAUGGCCGGAUUGCCGCAGGGAUGCUGGGCUCCGGGCGGAUUCUCACGCACCGGCCGAGAGCUGGGGACUGAUGCCACCAACCUGGGAAAGAGUUCGGCGUGAAUGCUGGAAACUGAGCACCCCCCCACAGGCUGACACUUCUGCUCCCCAAGGACGGGAGAGCUGUGGCGCGCUCCCGCCAUCGUGGCCAAGGACGCGGAUACGUGAGCGCCCAGGCAGGGCAGCAACGAAGGCAGACUCAGUAGCGUGGGCUGGGGAGCCCGCCGCACGCCAAGCUGUUCUCGAAGUUAAGACGGCCCAUGGUACGUGGUACAUGGGGUUGUGCGUUUGGGACGUAAACAGACACAAGGAAACCAAGACAGCGAUGGCUUUCGUGGGUGGGAUGCAGACAGCCUGCGUGGGGCCCAUGUGCCCUGUUUCUUCUCCCGGGUGGCGAUCUGCCACUGGCUCCACCGGGAUAAAAAUCUCGGGGCCACAUUUUUCACGAGGUGUACUCUCGAGUACGUGCUGUGUCCACGGCUAUAAGGAACGCGUGCUCCCUGGGUCCAGGAACAGGGGCAACGCGCCCGCCCUUUCCUCCCAUCGCGGGUCCCUGCUUUGGUGCGGUCCUCUGCAGCCCAGCCACUGGCCAGACCCACCGGGUCCUGGUCGCAGUCUCCAGGGAAAGCCAUGUCUGUUCACUGGGACGAUGCCUUAUUCCUUAGUAGGAAAUCAUCCUAGAAACUCAGGAAGACGUGAAUUAAGUGUAGAUAUCAUUCACGCAAGUCAUAGAAUUACGACUUCUGCAUUCAGGCAUCUGGACAGGUUUGGUAUCUCACACUUGCGUUUAGAGAAUUUGCCCUGUUGCCGAGAAAGUCGCACGAAUCCCAGCUUAGACGUGUAAGUAACUUGGUCUCAUAACGCUGCGUGGAAAUCUUAGUGCGCAUCUACGCGGGGCGCCUGGGGGGCUGUGGGCUCAUUGCCUUUCUGAGUGAAAUUACUCAGGUUUCUAAAAAUUAAUUAGCACGAGGACGAUUCUGUUCAUUAGACGAUCCAACAGCCCAAGAAGGGAUUUGAAUCUUUUACACUUUAUUAUUGCACUUUGAAGAGUCGAGGGUAGUUAUGAAUUAAACGUGCCGUCGUCAAAGACCCCGGAACGCUGACUGUGAGGAUUUGCAGGUCUUGGGAGUGGAAAGGCAAGAUCGAUAACCAGGCGUAAAUGACCAGUGAUCGGGGAAGAGUUACAUCGUGUUUUGUUUUGUUUUGUAGCUUUCGGAAACCACGCAUUAAUUUUAAAAGGAAAAAUACCAAGGCAGAGUUUCCUAAACCCAACUGGGGACAUUUCGGUGAUGGCGAGAUCUGCCCUGUGUGGGCGUCGGGAGGAUGAAAUAAACCAGAGCACUGGGGGGCAGGGAGCCCCGUGGGGGGAGGGGCAGGAGCGUCACUGUGGCCCCGCCCGCAGGUGCCGGUGGAGGGCUUUCCCGCAGCCUGGUCCCCAAGCUCCUUCUCUCUGCUCUCUGGGCCCUUCUGUGUCCCCUGGGUGUCUUCAUUACCCCGCGGCCCCUCUACCAGCUUCCCCUGUGCACAUCCUCCCCCUACACCUUCCGUGCGGACGCCGGCGACUGAGCAUCGCCCUGGACCUUUUACGGACGAGUCAGUGGUCCCUCCGUCGCUUCACCAGCACAGAACGCCCAAGCCCCUAACUGCACCCCUCCUGGCUUUUGUCAUCGCUGCCCAGACCCUGCUUCAGCCACUCCCCGGAGCCCCGUGGACACGGAUGCCGUUGCCAUGGCGCUGUCCCCUCUGCCCCUCGUGGCCUGUCCACCCCCUUGCCCCGGGGGCCUUGCUCUUGUUGCUUCCCCCUUUCCAUUUCUUUCGGUCUCUUUGGAUUUUUU